UAUAUGAUGUACUUGGGCUAAGAAUGUAAUUAGCCCAAAAUUCAUAAUUAGAAAUAUGGGCCCACCUAUAAGCCGAGAUUCAGAUUUCGGGCCAUAAUUAAAGCCCAUAACUUACCCAGGCCCGGGAGUUUUAAAUUUUGUAUGAAAAGGAAAGACCACCUACUUCAGUUGAUGAACAACUUUCCCUCUUCUCCGAAAAAAUGGAUUCCUACACUCCGCUCUUAGAUAAAACCCGUCUCCCCCAACCCUCACUCCAGAAACUCGCCGUGAUCUCAAUCAUCCACAAGUUCCGUUCCUCGCCGCCGUCCGAUGCCGGUCGUGACGUCAUCAGCCGCUGUCUCCGGUCUAAUUCCCUCGCCGUUGCCGACCAGUCUGCCCGGGAACUAUGCCGCCUCGUCAAGGAUUCGAAAUUGGAUAUCACCACUGGGUUACUGGAGUUACAGUCCGCACUCGAGGACUCCUCCAAUCCUCAAUUCACAUGUUUAUUCAUCAAAGCCAUUGGACUGCUCACCACACUUGGUUUCGAAGAAAAUCAAUCUUCGUUCCGUUUUCAAUUGCCAGAGAAUCAUCCAUUCGUCAAGGUACUUUCCUGUGGGACUGAAGUUCAAUCGGUGCUUGUGAAACAAGUGAUCGUAUUCAUCACAAAGUGUAAACAUCUUGGAAUGGAGUCAGUCUGUGAAUUCUUGGGCCCUUUCUUGAAAUUUUCCAUUAUAAAAGUUCCUAUUUCGAAUUCCAUUUCCAGUUCUGCAUUUGUGAGGAACUUAGUGUCCACAAUGGCGGCAUUCUGCUGCUCGUUUCCCCAGGAAGCCAUUCCCGUAUUUAAGUUUCUGAUGGGGCAUCUCAAAUAUUUCCCAUGUAAGGAUGCUGAAGAGGUUAUAAAUGUUUAUUAUGUAUUUGAGUGCUUGGUGGAUGCGUAUCAGGUGGUUUUGAGGCAGUUAGUUGGAAUGGGAUCGCUUGUCCAUGAAGCUCAAUUGUGUGGUUUGGCACUGCUGGAGGAAAUGCUAUCGCAAUUUAGGGAUUUCCGCAGUUGCGCAGGUGGGGUUGAGAAAAUCGUAGAUGCGGCAAGAAACUUAUUGGCUGUCCAGAAAGAUCUUGGCCUCAGUUAUUGCACUGGCCAUUCGUCGGUGAUGUUAUCGUUGGUUCCAAUUCUGACUCAGUCAGAGCUUGAACACGAACAAUAUUCUAUACUGAAACUGGUCUUGUUUCUCUUGAGAUGGAAAGGUGAAAAUGAAAACCACACCGGUGCCUCUUCAAGUAUAUUGACCGAAGAGCUUCUGUUCAUUUUUCCGGUUCUUGCACUUGUUUCCUCUCCAUCCAGAUCUAUUAAACAAACUACCACUGAUUUACUUUCUAUAUUGGGAAAGAUUGCUACUAAUUUACUGAUUGCACCAAAAGAAAAACAAGUGGCAGAAGGGAAUCAUCUGUCAAUCUCUACAAAACAAGUGGUAGACGAGAGUCACCUGUCAAUCUCUACUCCUGGACACAUCAUUUUUAGGUUUCUAAGACAUAUGUGGUUUCAGGAUCAAUCGUCAUUGCAUGGUUCAUUCUACGUGAAUCUUUUUUGUGAAGGGGAAUCCUUUGCCAAUGAAGAUCAUCAUGGACUAAAAACAUGGACUUCCUCCGUAAGGAAGUAUUAUUGUAGAAUUUUUGGAAAGCAAAAAUCCACUUCUACCAUCACUAAGUCUGAAGAAAUAUUUCUAACAGAAAUGCCUCCGGUACUUUGUGCAGUUGCAAGUGUCACCCUCUUGCAUCAAACGGGAAACUCUGCCAUCGAUCUGUUGGCUAUUGGCUGUAAUAUUGAACCUAAGCUUGGUGUUCCUGUGUUGCUUAUAAUUCUAUUCUACAAUCAUAUAUGCUCCAGUUCAGAAAAACUUAAUGACUCUCAUGAUAUUCUUCUCAAGCUUUUGGGUUUGCUUCCAUCAGUGGCUUCGCAUCCUGCAAUGAUACCACUGAUUCUUCAGAUUCUCUUGCCAAUGCUUCAGAAGGAUGUGAAUCCUGUCAUAAAAGCUACUGCUAUACGCUUGAUUUGUAAGACCUGGGAGAUCAAUGACCGUGUCUUUGGGAGUUUACAGGGAAUGUUGAAUCCAAAUGGUUUAGUACAGUACAAUGCCGAAAGAGGAAUCUGCAUCAGUAUAGCAGCUUCUAUUCAUGAUAUUUGCAAAAGAAAUGCUGAUAGAGGGGUGGACAUUAUUUUGUCUGUUGCGGCUUGCAUUGAAAAUCACGAUCCUUUGGUUCAGUCUCUUGGAUUGCAGAGCCUUGCACAUCUUUGUGAAGCUGAUGUUAUUGAUUUUUACACUGCCUGGGCUGUGAUUGCAAAGCAUAUGGAGAACUACUUUCAGAAUCCCAUUGUUGCUUAUGGGCUGUCUCUUCUUUUGAGAUGGGGGGCAAUGGAUGCUGAAGCAUAUCCUGAAGCAGCUGAAAAUCUUUUAAAAAUAUUGUGGGAUAUCGGAACCCACAGAGAAAGAAGUCUGAGUUCUUUGUGGACAAGAGCUCGAGAAGCUGCAUUCACAAGUCUAUUGCAAUAUGAGGUGCUGCAUGUUCAGAGGAGCAUACCAGAUUUCAAUAUCAGGAACAUGGAUUUUAUCAUUACUGAGACUAACCUUGAUUUGCUGACAGCAGUGGAAGAAUUUGAAGUCAGACUCAUGAAUUAUGAUCACAUUACAAGACGAAGAUUUGUAAAGCAGAAAAAGAUCUUUGGAUCUAGAAACAAGAUUGUUAAGUUGUUGGAUGUUGUCCCUGAGGUUAUUUUUGGUUCAGGAAGUAACCACAGGAUUAAAGAAUUACCAGGUGCAGCUUUACUCUGCCUUCCUGCUCAUAAACAUGUGAAGAAUGAAGGACUGUUAAAAGGAUUACAAAAUGUACUCGCUAAAUAUGAGGAUGCAGCUGUGGAGAUAUCUGGCUCUCUUCAGCUGUCAAGAAAUAUUUUGCUUGCCAUUCUCUCUUUGCAGUCAUGGAAACCUUUCAUGCAAAGAUGGUUGAGGUCUUGCAUCAUGGUGCUAGAGGCAAAUCCGAAUCACAUCGUGCCAGACAAAACUUUGAAGGCUUCUAAAGAUAUUUUGAAGACUCUAACAAGGUUAGCAGAAGCCGCAAUUCCUCGAUCUGCUGAGAACAUCGCUCUAGCACUGGGAGCUUUUUGUCUGGUACUACAUGGAUCUGCACAUGCAGUCAAGUCGAUGGCUUCGGAGUUUUUGCUAAAAUGGUUAUAUCAGUAUGAGCAUGAACAUCGCCAGUGGUCAGCAGCAAUGUCUCUUGGGUUGAUCUCAUGUUGUCUACAUGUGACUGAUCAUGAGCUCAAGUUUAAAAUUAUAAAUGCACUCCUUGAGGUCGCAUCUAUUAGCAAGAGCACCCUCGUGAAAGGAGCUUGUGGGCUUGGGUUAGGUUAUUCAUGUCAAGAUCUUCAAACUAGAUUUGAUUCUGGGGUUAGUACUCGAUCAGGAAAAGAAACAUAUAAGAUACAGGAAACCGAACUGUUGAGUAAAAUCAUCAAGACCUUAGUUCAGAUGAUAUAUCAGUUCGGCGGAUGUUCAGCUGAUAUCCGGGAGAAGGUAGAAUCGUAUUUUCCUUCAGGAACAGAUAAUUACUCCUUAGCCGAUGUUGAACUUCUUGACGAGGAUGAUGUGUGGGGUAUCAGUGGACCUAUAAUUGGCUUAGGGAAUUCUCUCGGAGCAAUAUACAGGGCUGGGGCUUACGAUGCCGUUCUUUAUAUAAAAUCACUAAUCAUUUCAUGGAUUCCUAGUGCAAAUAUCUCCUUCUCAAAGUUCGCUGUAGGUGAAACAUGUUUACAGAUGUCGUCUUUAGGAGCAUGCCUUGCCUUACCAUCUGUAGUAUAUUUCUGCCAUAGGGUAGAACUGAUUAAUGAUAUUGAGUUGGACCAUCUUAUCAGUGGCUUUGUGAACCUCAUCUCUGAGCUGUUGUCUGUUGAACCAUUUGACACCUUUCACCAGAGCUUGUUGAUGGCAUCUUGUGCUGGGGCGGGCAGCCUCCUCUGUAUUAACUUGAAUGUGGGGUUGCACUCUUUAGAAGUCGAACAUGCUAAAUCUUUGCUAGCAUUAUUCAGAAGAACUUACUCGAGUCCUCACCCGCCAUUUAUUCAUCUAGGAGGAAUGCUUGGUGUUGUAAAUGCGAUGGGGGCUGGUGCAGGGAUGCUGAGUCAACUCUUCCCUUUAUCCUCAUUGACCACCACAUCUGAUCAAAAGGAUCCAUCUCAAGUCUUGGGUCCUCUACUUUCGAAUAAUGUUCUGGAGGCUGAGUCCACAUCACUUAUUCAAGAGAUAUUUCUUGUUGCACAAAACUCUGAGGAUCCUCAAUCACAACAAUAUGCAUCAUGGGCAGUUUCUUUUCUCAGGCAUUUUGUUUUCUCUAGAGAAUCUGCUAAUGAGGAGAGUGCUGUACAUGACUCUGGUAUCCCUGACCCGAAGUCUGUCGCUCAGGAAUUUUCCGAAGACAGCAUUGUCAUGAAACUUUCUGUGUGGCUUAUGCAGAUGAAUUAUUCUGAGCUUGGUAGCAGUAUAAAAAUUGCAACAGUUGCUUUUGCUCUGCGAUGCCUAUCACAUGCUCCAAGAUUACCCUCAUUGGACUGGGGAGCAAUCAUCAGAAAAUGCAUGAAAUAUGGUAGUCAAGUGGCUGAAAUGCCUUCGAAAGAUAUAAUAGCCUUCAGAAAAGGAACUCUAAGGGAGGAAUGCUUUCUAUUCUUGUUAUCUCAUGCCAAGCAAUCUGAUUCACUUCUUGGCUACCUUGACGAACUAUAUGACCUGUCAAGGUUCAAGACGCUCGAAUCAAACCUGCAAUCACUAGCACUCUUGCACCUGACGGACCUGAUGAAGACAUUCUCCAAUUUAAGAAUUGCCAAGGUUUUUGAUGAUGUGGCCGAAUUCUUACAUUGGUCUGUUUCUUCUGAUCAAUACGAUGAUGAACAGAAAAUAAUGUUGCGGGUUUCAUGCUGGAAGGGUCUGCAGAUGUGUUUAAAUGAAUUUGCUGCCCUCGAGACACAAGAUUAUGCAUAUAACUUUGAACAUUGUAUGGAAAUUCUGUUUACAAUGUUGCCUUGGUCUCGGUCAGGUGUUAUUGUAGAGUCAUAUCAGAAGAUUCCCCAAUUGGAAUGGACUGAAGCAAUUAGAUGUCUUGGAAAGGCUCGACAAAGCUGGCUACUAUCAGAUCUUUUGUCGUUUUUAGAUGUUCAAUUCAAAGAAGAGAACAACCAAAUCUUCAAUACUCUGAAAAAGGUUUUCGCUAAAACUGCACUGGUUCGAAUCGGCUCAAUUCCAGUGUUGGAACUUGCCAAAUUGAAAGCCUAUAUUUUGAACAUCAAUUCAGAAGUUGUCUGGAACAUUCUGGUAGAAGUCACCGUAACUUUGCAACACAGUGAUGAGAGCACUAGAAGACAAUGGCUUGUUGACACAGCGGAAAUCUUGUGUGUGACAAGUUACCCUUCAACGACUCUGCGGUUUCUAGGCCUGUUAUCUGGCAGCUGCUGCAAAUACAUGCCAUUUUUGGUGGCAGAUAAGUUAAGUGUGUUGAGUGACCUGCCUGUCACUCUAUCAUCUCUCCUUGAGGGCAGUGGGUGGGGGGUAGCUGCAGAAUCUGUAGCAUCGUACUUUUGGAAAUCGACGGUCCGGAUUCAUGAUUGGGCCAGAGAUGUAGAAGGUGGUGAUUACAUACCUGGCUCACAACCUAUUGACAGCACUGAGAAAGAAAUGGCGAACUUGUUAUUUCGAGUGAUGCAUCAGACCUGUGUGUCGUUGAAGGAAUAUUUGCCUGCGGAUAAACAGCUGAGACUUGCUAAUAUGGCUGUCUCGUGAUUCCGUACAAGGGGGGUUAUUUUGUUGUGUUUAGUGUAGAUCAAAAAAAAAAAGAAUAGGAUGUAAUUUUAACUUAUUUAUAGCCAUUGUCACUUGGAUUUUAAAAAGCCAACUAAUGCAGGAAAUAUGCAGAAAAAUGAUUAGAGUAAGAGAAGGGGUUAUAUUCCUUUUAUUUUCUCUAAACGUUUUAUAUUAUAAAAAAAAAACUUUCUAUGCAGUUGAUUGCAUAAUUUUGAAGUAGUCCU